ACGAAGGUCUAACCCUGAUACUAUCACUGAAAAUGUCGAAAGGAUCUGCAAAUUCCGGCUCAUCUGCCCCACAAGCGAUGGCAGGCUUCGCUUACGUCGGGCCUAUAUCGACUAUGAAAACAACUGUGGGGGAAGGCAGUUACGAGAACAAAGCACGAGUAAGUUUCAGCGACAAGCAGACCGGAUCCUAUGUCCGAGCAACGGCAACUGAGAAAGCGUCCGCCGGAGACUUCCAGUGGCAGAACGGAAAGAGUGGAACCAGGAGUGAAUACAAGGAAAGCUCUACUGUCAGAGUCGGAGACAAGAGUGGCUACACUGAGGUUUACAACGAGCAGAGGGUUCGCAAUGUGAGUUUCAACAACAACAAUGGCAGCAGCAAGAGCGUCAUAACCUAUGACAAUGGCGAUGGUGGUAAGUAUGGUGGGUAUGGCUAUGGGUAUGGGGAUGGUUAUGAUUCUGACUAGUAGUAGUUGGUUUUGAUCCUAGGGUUUAUCUGGGUAAUGGGUAUGUUUUAGGUUUAUGAGAAUCUGAUCUUGGAAUAAAGUUUCUGCAGAUCUUUAUCUGUUUGAACUUAGAAGCAUCGUUAUCUGCUAAUGUUUGCAGUUUGCUUUUGCAAUGAUCAUAUUUUGAUUUCUGGUUUUUGGCUUAAA